CAAGAUAACAUAAAGUUUUUUGGAACUAAAAACUAUUUAAAAAAUUAAAUUAAAAAUUAUCAGAAUAAAUAUAAAAUGUGUGAAAAUAAUAGUUGGCAAGCGCCUUUAUGGUUAACGGAUUCCUAUUUGGAAGAUGUUUUAAAAAAGUAUCUCAAAGAUGAACAAGUGAAACUAAUAAAUGUUGUUAUAAGACCAGCCACAGCAAAUGGUGAAAAUUAUGCCAGUGUUAUGAGUCGUAUUAAAGUGAAAUUUAUACAAGAAAUGAUAAGUAAAAAUCCCCAAGAAUUAUCCUUUAUAAUGAAAUAUUCAUACGAAAAUGAUCCUUUCAUUUCGAAGAUUAUGUCAAGCUAUGAUGUUUAUAAUACAGAAAUGAAAAUGUAUGAACAAAUUUUACCACAAUUAGCUGAUAUCUUGCAGGAAAUGGGUGAUACUGAAAAACUAUUUGCAAAAACUUUAAAAGUGGACUACGAUAAAUCUGCCAUUAUAUUUGAAGAUUUAAGUGUAAAUAAUUAUAUUUUAGCCGAUCGUUUAAGGGGAGCGUGA